AUGGCCGUCCGAGCUUUGUUCGCGUUCCUGAGCUUUGCGGCUGCCUUCGCAGAGGACGUGGCCUCAGCUUUGGCGUCGGAUGACAUCUGCGAAGCCGGGCAGGACUGCAGCUUGGAGCUCAACCAGCUGCGGGGCAUCAAGGUCCACUACCUGAAGGCUUUGGAGGAGCACGAGGAGGAGUCCACGCAGGUAGAGGAGGCUGAGCUCGAGGGUGGCGGCUGCACCGGUGCCGCAGACAUGCACAUUUGGAAGAGCGGCGGCAAGAGGAGCUUUGACGCCGCCCUCAACAGUUGCGGCCCCUCUCCUGCGCAUCCUGCAUGGCCCAGUUGCUGGGCUGCUCCCGGGAGCACUGCAUGA